AUGUGUUGUGGUUACGGCAAAGUUGAGCUACCACCCCUAAAAGAAGCACCGUCAUCCUACCGAAAUUUGUAUAGAUCGGUAGAUUCAAAAAGCAAACACUUCAUGAAGAACAUUCGACGUUACGAUUCAAUGUUUUCGUUUACAUCGAUGGGAGGCAAAGUUGAUUCAUCCAUCAACAGAGGCAACGCACCGUACAUAUUCAGACUUAGUGGUCAAAAUUAUCAUAGUAUGGGAAGUCUUUUACCUACACCUGGUUCAAGACCGAAAUUCUGUCAGUUAUACAUAUAUGAUACGGAGAACGAGAUUUCAAAUAGAUCGACAAGUUUUGGUGGACCAACGAGCAAUUCUACAUCAACUUCAAGAUCAUAUGAUCUCCAAAUUAUAGAAUUUUUGAAGGUUAUGUUAGAUUCGAACAAUGCGUUGGUCAAGUCUUAUAGGAUGGUAAGAGACACUCUUCAUGAAAAUCCUUUUGUUAAUUUGAAGUUAAAAUUAAUUGGAAAAAGAGAACAAGAUGGAAGGACGUAUAACUUACCAACUUCUUCUGAGGUUGCAGCUUUAGUUGUCGGUGAUUUUUGUGAUUCAAUUGAAAAAAGAGAUAUCGCUGUUCAAACUUCAUCAGGAUUAUUACAGCGUAUCAGUGAAUUACAUCCUUCUUACCUUGCUCUUCAGUAUCCAUUACUAUUUCCAUAUGGCGAUGAUGGUUACAGAGUUGAUAUCCUUCAUAGAGUGGUUUAUACAAUUGAAUUUCAAAAAAGAGGUUUACCUCAUAGUCAUGUAUGUCUGUUUAUGCAUGCUAACUGCAAGCUUCCAACUGUUGAAGAUAUCGAUCCCAUUAUUUCUGCUGAGAUUCCAAAUAUCGAUGAUGAUCCAGAAUUGUAUUCACUUGUCAAGGAGUUCAUGAUUCAUGGUCCAUGUGGAGCUGAAAAUUUGAAUUGCCCAUGCAUGGUCGACAGAAAGUGUUCUAAAAACUUUCCAAAGCAAUUUUGUGAUCAUACUUCAGUUGAUUCAAAUGGUUUUCCCUUAUAUAGGAGAAAAAAUGAUGGACAUUUUGUUGAAAAAUCUGGUGUUCAGUUAGAUAACAAAAAUGUUGUUCCAUACAACAAAUAUCUGUUGAAAAGAUAUCAGGCACACAUUAAUAUUGAAUGGUGCAAGCAGGGAUCUUCCAUAAAGUAUUUGUUUAAAUAUAUAAACAAGGGUCCUAAUAGAGCUACUGUUUCUAUGGUGCCAAGCAAUAAUGAUUCCGAUAACAACGAUGCAGUGGAUGAAAUUAAAGAACACUAUGAUUGUAGAUAUAUUUCUGCAUGUGAAGCAUCAUGGCGGAUUUUUAAAUACGAUGUUCAUUAUAGAUAUCCUGAUGUGAUUAGACUACCUUUUCAUCUUCCCGAUCAACAACAAGUUGUAUAUGAGGCAGACGAUGACAUUGAAGAUGUUCUUGACCGAACUUCAGUUGCUUCUUCAAUGUUCACAUCAUAG